AUGCGUAAAAUGCUAUCACAAGCAUCGGUUGAUGAGCCACUUACCCGGAACAGAGAACGACACAGGAACACAACAGGGGUAAAACAUGCAGUUAUCUAUAUGACCAGUAAUGCAAAACUUACAUUUGCUAAUGAAACAGAGAAUACCUUUGUUAACUUAGAAUGUACCUGCUUUUCUGUAACCACCAUUUGUUUGUACCUUCCCUUUACAGAUCUUGACUGCAGCGGUUACAUAUCAGACUAUGAACUCCAUGAUCUCUUUAAGGAAGCAAACCUCCAACUUCCUGGAUACAAAGUCAGGGAAAUCAUUCAGAAGCUAAUGGCUGAUGGUGACAAAAAUAAAGACGGAAAAAUAGCCUUUGAAGAAUUUGUUUUUCUUGUACAAGAGCUGAAAAGUAGCGACAUUGCCAAAACAUUCCGAAAAGCCAUCAACCGGAAAGAGGGAAUCUGUGCAAUUGGGGGCACAUCAGAACUGUCAAGUGAAGGCACUCAGCAUUCCUACUCUGAGGAAGAAAAAUAUGCCUUUGUUAACUGGAUAAACAAAGCUCUGGAGAAUGACCCAGACUGCAAGCAUGUUCUGCCAAUGAAUCCAAAUAAAAAUGAUUUAUUUAAAGUAGUCGGUGAUGGUAUUGUGCUGUGUAAAAUGAUCAAUUUGUCUGUUGCUGACACUAUUGAUGAAAGGGCAAUAAACAAGAAAAAGCUGACCCCAUUCACCAUCCAGGAAAAUUUGAACCUGGCAUUGAACUCUUCAUCAGCUAUUGGAUGUCAUGUGGUGAAUAUUGGAGCAGAAGACCUUAAAGCUGGCAAACCUCACCUGGUGCUUGGCCUUCUUUGGCAAAUCAUUAAGAUUGGUUUGUUUGCAGACAUUGAGAUCAGCAGAAAUGAAGCUCUGGCAGCAUUGCUUCGUGAGGGAGAGACUUUAGAAGAUCUGAUGAAAUUGUCUCCAGAAGAACUGCUCUUGAGAUGGGCAAACUUCCAUUUAGAAAAUGCUGGCGGGCAGAAAAUCAAUAAUUUCAGCACAGAUAUUAAGGAUUCAAGGGCUUAUUUCCAGAUUUUGAAUCAAAUUGCACCCAAAGGACAGAAAGAGGGUGAAGAGAGGAUUGACAUUAACAUGUCUGGCUUCAGUGAAAAAGAUGACCUGAAGAGGGCAGAUUUCAUGCUGCAGCAGGCAGAUCGUCUAGGCUGCAGGCAGUUUGUUACACCUGCUGAUGUUGUCAGUGGAAAUCCCAAACUGAAUCUGGCCUUUGUGGCUAAUCUGUUCAACAAGUACCCAGCUCUUACCAAACCAGAGAACCAAGAUAUUGACUGGAAUUUAUUAGAAGGGGAAAGUCGAGAGGAAAGAACUUUCCGGAACUGGAUGAAUUCGCUUGGAGUGAACCCACACGUGAACCAUCUCUAUAGUGACCUUCAGGAUGCCCUUGUAAUUUUGCAGUUGUAUGAAAAGAUUAAAGUCCCAGUUGACUGGAGUAAAGUGAACAAGCCACCAUACCCUAAGCUUGGAGCAAACAUGAAAAAACUUGAGAACUGCAAUUAUGCUAUUGAAUUGGGAAAGCAACCUGCAAAGUUCUCUCUAGUGGGAAUAGGAGGGCAAGAUCUGAAUGAUGGAAACCCAACUCUGACAUUGGCAGUAGUCUGGCAGCUGAUGAGAAGAUACACACUCAAUGUGCUGGAGGAUCUUGGUGAUGGACAGAAAGCAAACGAUGAAACCAUUGUAAAUUGGGUAAACGGAACCUUGGCUGAAGCUGGAAAGACAACUUCUAUUCAGAAUUUUAAGGACAAAAACAUUAGUACCAGCUUAGCAGUUGUGGAUUUGAUUGAUGCGGUUCAGCCUGGUUCCAUUAAUUAUGAUCUAGUAAAGAGAGACAAUUUAACUGAUGAAGAUAAACAUAAUAAUGCCAAGUAUGCCGUGUCAGUGGCUAGAAAAAUUGGUGCCCGUGUAUAUGCUCUGCCUGAUGAUCUUGUAGAGGUGAAUCCCAAGAUGGUUAUGACAGUCUUUGCAUGCUUGAUGGGCCGAGGGAUGAAGAAAGUUUAAACCUUGCACUUAAAGUAUCUGAAGAGCUCUAAACCCCCUGGCGGAAUGACUUGCAAAAUUUGGCAGUUCAAGCUCUUACCCAUAUGUUUGGUGGGAAAACUGCCAAAGUUGGCAAGACUUUUCAGGUUGGCUUAGCACCAUUAGAAACCUCCCGAUUCUCAGGAAGAAGCGCUGUACGCCAUAAGUGCUCUCUUUCACAUUUGACCCUUCAAGUUCACACUAAAAUGCAUUCAUAUAUGGAACUUAUCUGAUCCUAGAUAUUGACCAUUGCUGUCUGAUGCUCCAUAACUGCAUUGCAGCGCAAUGUGGUGAACUGUUGAUACUUUAUCAUAAAUUCCCUGCAGAUGUUUUUCUACUGCCGUCAUAUUUUCAUAAUGUUAUAAAGUUUAUUACAUUUAUAUUUCUUUUUUGCUUUAUAUUCUAGAUAAAUAUAUCUUUCAUGAAGAAUGUCAUGGUUAUUAUUUUUAUAAAACUAAAAUAUUGGUUAACUUUCCCAACCUCUAUUAUAUAUACAAUAUAAUUUUAUCUUCAUAACUACAUUAGAUUUGAGAUGUUUGAAGCAGUUUGUUUAAUAAAGCUAUCUAGCACUAUAAUCUGGAGGUUGCCAAUAAAAAGCCGCAUUCUUCAGCUCUUAAUGCCACUGCAGCAUUGUGUGGCUGACAAACCUCCUCUCCAUAUUGUGCCUUUCGGAUAAGAUUUUCUGUUUGAUGGAGAAAACAUGGUAUCUUGUGAACUGAUGUCUAGGAACAUAUGGAACUCAAGGCCUACUACAGAGUUUCCAUAUACCAGCUUUUGGUUUCUGUUUAGGUUCUUUGUAGGCUUCCUGUGUGCCCUUUUUUCUGGGCAUCCUAAAUUCAAAAGAAAUGAGCUAAGUAAUCCUUUCAACAUAUUAAAGAGCAAACAUUAUACUCUUAAAGGUUACGUUUGCGUGACUUAUCUUAGAUUACUAUGUAUUUUAACUCCCCUGCAUUGCACCUCCUGGCCAGGUCAUGGCUAGUGGUUAAAAGAUUUAUGUAAACACACAGGUCUGAAUUGGCUAACUAGCUGUCCUGUUUGUAAGAUGUAAUGCUCCUUAGUGGGACUUUACAUAGUAAGCUAGGGUCAGUCCUUUUUGCUUUAGACUUUCCCUUUUAAAUAAUAAUAUAUAUAUAUGCACUGCAGAGGUGCGACUAUCAUGGGGCUUGGUAACAAAUUAUGAUUCAUGGGAAAUUUAACGGCUUUAUUUCUUGCUUAUUUCUCUUUGUUCAGCAGCAAACUAGAGUGCAAAUCCUGGCAACAUAUAUAUGUAUAUUAAACAGCAAUAAGUAUACUGUAACCCAAAAGUCAUCUGUAUAAUACUCAACAUGAAUGCAUUUUUGUCUGUCUUGGUUCGAAGCAUAAACAUAGAGAAUAUUUUCUUUUUUGUAUGACCUGCAUGAGCAUUAUUUUUGUUACUAUUUUUAUUUAAAAUUCUAUCAGCUGCAAAAUAUCUUGUUUUAUCUGGAAGUGCUGGUUUAAUAGAUGCCACAUACCAUAGACUGCACAUAGCAUUGAGUUGAAUAACUUUUGCAUCUAAAAAGACGACAAAAAAGCGCCAAAGAUAUUUUUCUGAAGUGUUUGUUAUUCUUGCUUUGGGAAGCUGUUUGCUCAACUUCAAAGACCAUGCUGCUAUUUUACACUGUUCAUAAUAUGGUGGCAAAGCAAAAUUCAAAUAAAAAAAACAACCUGUUUCAGCA